AUGGUUUCAAUUGAUCUAGAAGAACAGAUAAUCUACAGAAAGCUUCUGCUAAACGACAUCGUUGAAAAGCUGACGAGAUCAAGUGCAAAUAUCGGAUUCAGCGAACAGAAAGGACACCCAAAGUUUACGUGGUUUGUGAAGGGAGAGAGGGCACCGGGAGGAGGAGGGAGAAGGAUAGUGGAGACGAGCCGGAGAGAGCGAGAGUCGAUGACAGAGACGGAGGAACCAGAGGCGAAGGCGAAGAGACCAGAGGGACUAAGAUCGGAGGAUUUGAAGUUGUUGCGGCUUGGAGGACUGGUAGAAUCCCAUGUAUCCGGAGACGGUUUUUGA